UUCUCUGCGAAAACGGCACCGUUUCGGGGAGUAGUUAUUCGAAGAGGGAGACGAUUAGGGCGGAGACGAGGAAUCUGAUCACUCGACUCCAGAUCGGGACCACUGAGUCGAAGAACUCAGUGAUGGACUCGCUCCUACGGCUCUUGCAGUAAGAAGAUAAGAACGUGUUGAUUGCGGUGGCGUAGGAAACUUCAAAGACAUGGAGCAGAACGAAGCUGGCAUCCAAGCUCCCGUCCUUUGCGUCAACAACUGCGGGUUCUUUGGAAUCGUAGCUACCAUGAACAUGUGUUCUAAAUGCUACAAGGAUACAGUCUUGAAGCAAGAGCAGGCUAGGCUCGCCGCUUCAUCCAUCGAGAGUAUCAUGAACGGCAGUGGGAAGUCUAUCGAUGUUGUCGUAGUAAGCUCCCACGACGGUUCUGCAGAGUCCAGCGCAGUAACCGCCCAAGACUCUCGCACACAACCCGAGAACAAUGGUGGUGAGAACACGAAGGACGGCCCGAAGAGGUGCAGCGCCUGCAGGAAGCGAGUGGGGCUAACGGGUUUUAGCUGUCGGUGCGGGAAUCUCUUCUGCGCGGUUCAUCGCUACUUUGACAAACACGAAUGCCAGUUCGAUUAUCAGAAGGCAGCUCAGGAUUCCAUAUCCAAAGCCAACCCGAUUGUUAAGGCUAAAAAGCUCGACAAAAUCUAGGGAGGGGGGAUGAAAGAGAGGUCUGAUAUGGCAUCUAUUCAAGAAAUCAAGGUUUUCAAUUUCUUGUUAUCAGUUUAGGCAGAGGAGGAAUUUCAUCUUUGCUACAGAUUUGUCAAAUCGGCGCCGCCCAAUUGCCAGGAAUGGUUAUUCCGGCACCAUGCCUGCUCAGGAGAACGGAUGUUUAUUCGAAAAAAAAAAUGAAAAUUGCCAAGUAAUCAGCCAUGUCAGCGCCCUGUCAGCAAACAACCGGAAACAAUGGGUAGAAACUGGCUAGUAGGUAAAUUUGGAUGGAUUUUCGCUGUUUAGGGAUGUAAUUGCACUUUUUUUUGGUCGGGU